ACGACGACGUAAUAUAACUGCUUUGGGUACUAUUCUAUCUGUCUUCAUAGCUCAGUAUCGAAUCUGUCGACCUCUCCUUCCGACAUAAUCGCAAAGCAACUAAUUCCUCGUCCCUGUGAUGCUGGCAGAAGAAGGGCUCCAUCAACUGUUAAAGAGGAAUCGACCGCUAGUUGCGAUUUUUCUUCAAGUACGAUCGAUUCGUGGUUGCGGCAUGCCGAAUCGCUGGUAGAAUUCGGGAGUAUACUCAGCCGUAUCGUGCUGUUGAUUCUGUCUUUACAGCAACCGAAAUAAACAAGGAAUAAAAAAAGAAAGGAAAAGAAAAAGAAUAUUAAAAAAGGUGGAAAUGUCAGAAAGGAAGAACGCCGAGUCGUCAGGUCCGGCACGACAUUCACACUCUGUUCCUGCAGCUUCUUUCCGUGCGUCGAACUAAAAUUUACCUCUUGCCCUUUACAUGCCUUUACAUACCUAACCUUGUCUACCUUGUCUACCUUACCUAAGCUCUCUCUUUCUCUUUCUGUUUCUCUUUCUCUUUCCCGUUUCUUUCUUUCCUUUCGUCCAUUGCGCAACUUUGCGCGCAAAACCGAACCGAAUCCAUCGAUGAAACAACUUUGUUCUUCGAAUUCGUUCGCAACUAUUGUCCUGCAUCGUGUACUUUUGAGAUGCUAAUCCCUGUUCUCUUGGCCAAAUGCCCGCUUCGUUGCCGGAAAACCGACUAAUGAAUCGUGUUGUAGCGACGCAUAAUUCCCCGCGAACUUGGUUCAUAACUUCGUCUUUGACCCCUCUGGCCGUUCGAUUGAUACGCCAAUUACUUACUCAUGGCGACUAUGUCGUCGCCUGCUUACCGCCUCAAGAAAUCGAGCAUGAUGACCGUAGCGCCGAAUUUCGCGAGCUUGUCAAUGAGUGUAAAAGCAAUCGAAAAGAUCGAGAGGGGUGGAAAGACCGCAUUAGGAGUAUACGCUGCGAUGGCCGCGUAAUGGGCCAAUGCAGUGCGGCCGUGGCGGAGGCCAAACAUGUAUUUGGCCGCAUAGAUAUAUUGUUAUGUUGCACAUCUGAAGCUAUUGUUGGAACCGUGGAAGAGCUGUCUACCUCGCCGGCGACGCAAAACCUCGUGCGCGACCAGUUCGAGACCAUUUUCUUCUCCCAAGUAAAUUUUAUCAAAGCCUCGCUCCCGACGUUUCGCGCCCAACAUACCGGUCACAUUAUGAUCCUCACCAGUCUUGGCGGACAUAUAGGCACGCCUGGAAUGCCUAUAUAUACGGCAGCGACAUGGGCACUGGAGGGGUUCUGCGAUUCCCUAGCUUACGAAGUUGCACCCUUUAAUAUUAAAGUAACCAUAGUACAGCCACAUAAGGAGAUACAAUCCUUAACUAACAAGAUUGUUUUCUCUCCGUCAUUGCCUGUUUAUGACAGUGAGAAUAACCCGGCACCGAGCGUUAGGGAUAUGCUCACAAAUGUGUUGAAUCUAAACUCGGAGACAGCUGUCGAGCCAUCAGAGACGGAAAUUAUUCAAAGAUAUCCGAAGUUACCCCCUUCCUCAAUGGACCGCCUCGUGGGCGAAACGGUAUACGCCCUUACCGCUAUCGGUGGACAUGAGAAUCCGCCGGCGCGUCACAUUGUGGGGUAUGAGGGAGCCGAGGCCGUGAAGGAGAAAUUAAAGACGGUGACGGAAGAGCUAGAGGACUUCGUCGAAGCGAGUCUCGCUGUUGAUAUUUUCGACUCGGAAUUAAAAAACGAGGCCACACAAGGUAAGAUAAAACCUGAAGGAAAACCUGAAGGAUCAGGAGGUUCGCCGAGUGUUCCAUCAUCUUAACAAAUCGUGGAUGUUGAUACCAUACAUGAAUACUAGUACAUGAAUAGAACGAUAGAUAUGGACGGUUUGGAACACAAUUAUUACGACAUGUAAUGACGGUUGAUAUUGCACAGUUCUCUUCAGCUGUAGCCAUGUGUAUAAAUCUAUUAUACCUGGAAGAAAGACAAUAUUGAAGUUACACCUGAGGGGUACAUUUUGAUGGUUAACUAUAUUGUUUAACACACACAGUUUUGGCCCUCACUUCUAUAAUUUCUUAUAAUCCCG